AAUAAAAAUAGCGAUAGCAAAGCGAGAGAGAGGGAAUGUGUGUGUGAGAAAUACGUAUUGCCAUUCAGUGGUAUAGUUUUCCUCAUUGUUCACUCAAUGUCAUGCAUAAUCAUAACACGAUCUACUAGUGUGGCUACUCAGCUGAGCCAGUCGUUUGCGAAAGAAAAAAAAAUCCAAAUCGUUUCCCACAUGAAUGAUCCAUACACAAAAAUAGGCUCUUAAGUUAUGAAUCGUCUGUAUGAUUGUAAUGUAUGUUUACAAGUGAAAAACCAAAAAAAAAUAAUCAGAAAAAAAGUUUCAUCGUCAAAGCCACAGGCAAGCUGUCGUUUGUGGUGACGCGCGUGUGUGUACGUGUGCGUCAAAUGCAUAACCAUUUGUUUUGAUGGUGUGCGUGCAUGUGUUUUUUUAAUACAUUUCCGAUUGUAUGCGUCGACGUGUGCGACUGACACUCAACGAUAUGGGCAAACUGUUUUCUGUUUGGUUUUUUCUUUCUCUUCUUUUAUUGUAUUAUAUUCCUAUUUUGAACGAGCAACCAUUGCGUUACCGUGCGUCUUUUGGCUAGUGCAUCGGUUUCUAUUUAAUAAGACAAUUAAUGCUUUCUCAUUUAGCGCGUUGGAGUAUGUGUGUGCGUGUGUACAAGUGUAUUUGGUACUGGAACGCAACAUACACGUAAUCCAUCGUGAAAAUAUCGUCAUAAAACAUCCAAAUUCAAAGUAGAAAAAAAAAAUCACUAAAUAUGAUAUGCUGAUUUGACGACAGUGCAAGAAUUUAUCAAUUUUACUGCGGUACACACACACAUUCAAACGAAAAUUAAGUUAUUGAAAUUCCAUUUUGUUUAUUGUGACAGAGAACAAUCGACUCGGAGCCUGGGAUCUGUUUAUGUUCAUUUCACAAUCACCACUCAGACUUUACAUAUACGACACAAACACACACGACAGCUGGCACGAAUGAUCGACAUUACAUUCGUACAGACAACCGACACAUAUGCUGUUGAAUAAAAAAGAAUGAACCCGCAGCAUUUGAAUUAUAACCACAACCAAGCAACAUUUCAUCAAGAAAAACAAAAAUGGGAGAAUGCAAUCAGUAACUACCAAGGACCCGAUCCGCUGGAGCUUUGGUACGAAUUCAUUUGCUGGUAUGAGCAGAACAUUCAACUUGACCAUGAGCGUCUGUUUGAAACGGUUUUGGGCAAAUGUUUGUCCAUUUACGAAACACAACAACACUACAAACAAGACACAAGAAUGGUCAAACUCUGGAUGAAAUACAUUGGGCUUAAAAACAAUCCGCUUCAGUUGUAUCAAGUGCUGUACCAGCGUGGAAUUGGAACGCAAUGCAGCAUUUUCUACAUUGGAUGGGCACACUACUACGACUCGGCGAAUGCAUUCAAGCAAGCGGAAUCGGUGUACAAUCUAGGAUUUCAGGCGAAUGCACAACCGUACAGUGCACUUGAACGAUCCCAUAAAGAUUUUCGAUUUUCACUGUCACAACGAAUGCUUUAUAAUGAUCAACAGUCGAAAAAACGAACCGUGUCUCAAUUGAACGAUCAACGACAACAAUUGACCUCGUUAAAUCCGUCAUCUUCAUCGCCAAACGUACCGAAUUUUCAACAUGCACAAAAUAAUUAUACGCCGCCACCGCCGAUGAAUCAACAACAACAACAACAAAAUUCCUAUACACCACCGCCACCACCACCCACCGCACCAUCGACACAACAGCAACAGGUUCAUCAUCAACAACCACAACAAAUAUCAUCGUCGCAACAGCAGCAACAGCCGUAUCAGAGUCCACAGCAACAACAAACGGUGCCACAACAGCCACCAGUGCAACAGCAACAAACGGUGCAACAGCAAUCACAGCCGUAUCAAAGUCCACAGCCCAUGCCAACGUAUCAAGGAUAUAAUUCGCCAGCUGAAGAACAGCAACCACCAGCCAAAAAGUUCCGUGGCCAAGAAGAACAACGUACUUACAAUAACUAUAACAAUUACCAACCGGCGACGCAACCAGCCACCCAGAUCGAUUAUAAUCGGGAAAAUGUGAAUGGAACCGAAUAUAACAAUCAAUAUGCUGAAGCGAAGACGAAUAGCGAUGAGUUGAACAGUAGCACGAGUGCAGCUUGUGCCCUUGCGCUAAAUUCAGUGUACAGUGAUGAAGAUGGAUCCGAAGACUUUGGAGCUUAUAGAAGCUACAAUGAAGCUACAUCGAAUGUGGCUGAAACGACCAAAUAUCCUGACGAAACGUUGACAUAUUCGCGGACCAACAAUGCGUCAGUUGUCGAACAAAAUUCACAACCUGGAGGCUGUAUUUUAUCACCGAAUUUUGCUCGGUUUGCCAAAAACCAUUAUGAUCCAUGGAGUUGGCCAAUUUUCCUCGACGAACCCGAUACGAACAAAGUUUGUAAGUAUCCAAGGCAUUUGGUUUAUCCGGGAAAUGGUUGCGAAUACAGUUUAGAAGAAAUUCGUGCUCGAAAUUAUACCAAAGUGAUUGAAACAAUCAAAGAACGGAAUCGACUGAGAGAAAUUGCGUUGAAUGAACAACGACAAAUGAACCAAAUGCAAAAUGUGCACCAGCAGCAACGAUUUGAAAAUCAUCCACAGCAUCAAAGAUAUGGUGAACAGCCGGAACAACAACAUCAACUUCAACAACAACCAAACUACCAACAGCAGCAACAGCAGCAACAACAGCAACAGCAACAGCAUAUAAUGCGACAACAACAACAACAACAACAGUACGAACAGCAGCAAGCGUACGAAAAACAGCGCAUGGCCGAAAUGGAGCGAGAAAGAGUGAUGAAAGAGCGUGAACGCAGUCGUUUGGCCGCAUUGGAAAUGCAACGGGCCAAGGAACAUGAAGAGCAACAACGUCGAUUGGCCGAACAGCAAAAAAUGCAGCAUAUGCAACGACAAGCUUCCUUUGUACACCAGCAACCAAAUCGGGGUCAUGCUCAGCCAAGCCCACAUCCUCCGCACUCUGUAAACAACCAUUCGGGAUACUAUGAGCAGAAUCAGUCACCAGUGUAUAGCAACUAUGUCAAUUAUCCAGCGCCGAAUCAUCAAAACAGCGCUCCAGUCCAGUAUCCGCUACAAGCAAUGCAAUCGAUACAACAGGUGCAACAGCCACCGGUUCAGCAAGUGCAACAACAACAAUACUAUAAUCAAAAUCACAUGGCACCUCAAACGUCGAUGCAUUCCCAACCACAGCCACCGCCGCCAGUUAAUCAUCAAAAUGAUAUGUAUCAGUCACAGCAACCUCGUUAUCCACCACAAGCAAUGCCGCCACAACAUCAUCAGAACAUGAUGCCUGCCACACCAUCGAUGCAGAUGCAGUACCAAGAUACUAGUUAUCAAUCUCAGCCACAAUCACAGAACGCGCCGCAGCCGCAGUAUCACGAAUAUCAAUAUCCCAUGCAACCAACGGCAACGGCAGUUCCGGUCAGUAAUUCCAAUAGCAAUUACAGUGCUCAGCCUCUGGAUGAAGAAGGACCAACGGUGACGGAAUUGAAGACUGUAAAUUGUUUUGCCGAUGAUAUCGAAGAGCAAAUUGAAGCAUCAACCAUUGUGCUUAAAAAUGGUUCCGAUAAAUUACAGAAAAUCACCAUAAAAUAUCGUAAAGAGAAAGCAGAAGGUGAAAUUCAACCAGUGCCUCCUUCGGUGACGACGCCCAGAUCAAGGCGAUCGAAAAAACCAAAAUCAGGUGAUAAAAGUCGAACGGCCAUAAAAUCAAGUCUCGAUAGUGAAUCGGAAAAUUCGACAUUCAUGAAUAAUGAAGAGUUCCAAGCGGAGUCAAAUGACUCGUUCUCGACUCCAACGCUCACAAGCAAAUUGUCCAAAUCGAGGAGAACCAAAACAAAAACGCCAAAAUUUGAACCAACCUAUUUACAAGAUGAUGACUCUUGCUCAAAUUCCGAUUUCAAUACACUUUAUGGCAAGUACAGUAAUGAAGGUGCCGAUGCAACUACAAACGAAGGUGGACGCAAUGUUCGAUUUAACUUUACCGGUGCUACGUCGACACCGAUUCGGAAUAACAAUAAUAUUAAUAACUAUCAAUCACCAUGCUCAUCGGCCAAACCAAGCUACAAAAGCAAUGAAUCGUCGUCGAAAUCAUCGACACCACGAAACACAUACAAAUCUCUGCGCCGGCGAACAUCGAAUAUUUCACUUUUGAACAGCACUUUGAAUGAUAACGAUGACUCGAUGACCUCAUUCUCAAUGGUCGAACCAAACAGUUUCUUCGAAACGGAAAGCAACGAAGAGUUGCAUCAACAACGAUUGGACAAAGCAUUGAAAACAAUCGAUACACACUUCAAGAAGGAUCACAUCGAUCCGUUCAAUUCGGAGUUGUGCAAAGCAUUUUUGACCAAAGCCGAUUUUCCAUCCAGACAACAUAACGAAUUCUACAAAUUAUCAAGCAAUUUGCUGUCGAAGCUAUCAAAUACGAGAUACGUUACGAUCGGUGAUGUUCGAUUCAAUGUAGAAAAGGAAAUUGGACGCGGUGCAUACGGAAAUGUGUAUCGUGGUGUAAAUGUAAACACGAGCGAUGUUGUUGCAUUGAAAUUCCAAAAACCACCAAACACAUGGGAACUGUAUAUUUGCUAUUCAGUUCAUCAGAGAAUUAAAAACCGGAAUAUGCUACUUGGCUUUAUGGAUAUAUCGUCCGCCAUCAUCGCACCAAAUGCAAGUAUUUUUGUGUCGGAAUUCUCACAAUUUGGCUCUUUGCUCGAUAUUAACAAUCGCAUUCGUCAAUCAACAACAAAGGUUAUGCACGAAAGUCUUGUGAUGCACUUUACCAGCCAAAUAUUGAACAUAGUUCAUUAUUUGCAUUCCUGUAAAAUAAUCCAUGGUGACAUUAAACCCGAUAACUUUUUGCUCAUGAAAGUACCAAAUCCAAACUCAGAUGUGCCGACUUUAAGAUUGAUCGAUUUUGGAUGCGCCAUUGAUAUGAAAUUCUUCGAGCCAAACACUCAAUUUAAAAAGGUUAUUCAAACCGAUGGAUUCACGUGCCCUGAGAUGUUGGAAGGUCGCCAAUGGUCCUAUCAAACAGAUGUAUUCUGUGUGGCUGGUACUGUUCACGCCAUGCUCUUCGGCGAAUACAUGCAAAUGGUCAAGAAAUUUGGCCAAUACGAAAUCAAACAAAAGUUGCCACGGUACCUGAAAAAACACAUAUGGACGGAAUUCUUUUCGGCAUUCCUCAAUAUCAAAGAUGUGCACAGUUUACCAAAUCUAUUGGAAAUAAAAGAGAAAAUCGACCAUGAACUAGAAAGCAUGGAAUCCGAACUACAAUCGCAAAUUCGAACCCUUUCGAAUAUUUUAUACAAACGUUAAGUAGCUCAGUAAUGUGCUAGCUAUUCCGAAUCAGAAUAACGCAAAAAAAAAAAUCCCGAAAAGUUCUAAAAAAAAGAAGAUGUGUACAGUUCAAGUAAAAAUUUAUAUUUUAAUUGAGGCUUUUAUAAGAACUGAAAAAAAUCACCAACAACAAAUUAAUAUUUAACAAGUUUUUUUUUCGUUGCAAAGCUUCCUUUUUUUCUCAACACAAUAUAGUCAUUUUGAUAACAUUCUAAAUUUUUGAACGUCGAAUGAAACCGAAAAAAUGACUUGAUUUGUAUAAUUUGAUACAAUUGACACCUGUUGUUUAGCUUGAGUAUAUCUAUUUUGGCCAUCAAGAAAUAGAGUAAAUACUUGUUAGCAUAUUCACAAUUCAAGCGACAUUUUUUCACCGACAAUUGCUAAAUUAGGCCACUAUUUAAAUGUUUUUUUUUUCUCUUUGUCUAGUAAAUAAAACGAUAUUUAUUUUAUCAA